AGAUGAUUAAAAUAAAAGUUUCAACGCGUAAACAGUAAAUUAAUGAAUUGGUUGAUUAUAAAUAAAACGAAAUACCUUUUUCGUUUGGAUAAAUCAAGAUCUCUAUCUACCAAGACACACACUUUACUCUUCUCUUCUUCUGCAACAUCUUCAAAGGAAAAUCAUCAUCUCUUACAGACAACUUAUAAUAAUCUACAGAAAAUAGGCGGGGGAAACAUGGAUCCCAACCAUAACAACAAUUCUUAUCCGCCAUAUCCCUAUCCUCCACCUCCAGCUGCUGGUUAUCCUCCCACUGGGUAUCCUCCUCAGGGAGGACCUGCUCCUCCAACUGGAUAUCCUCCUGCUCCAACUCACGGAGGGGAAGCUGAUGACAAAGGACUAUUUUCAACCCUUGCUGCUGGUGCUAUGGCUUCAGGAAUGGCUGGUGGUCAUCACGGACACCACGGAGGAGGACAUUAUCCACCACCUCCAGGCUAUCCUCCUUAUGCUGGUGGUCAUGGCUAUCCCCCAGCAGGAGGUUAUCCAGGUCCAUACGGACAUGCUCCACCUCACGGAGGGCAUGGACCUAUGGGUGGCGGUGGCAUGGGCGGGAUGCUUGCUGGUGGUGCAGCUGCCGCUGCAGCUAUGUAUGGAGCUCACAAGCUAUCUCAUGGACACGGUGGUUAUGGUUAUGGACACGGUGGUUAUGGACACCAUGGGAAAUUCAAGCAUGGGAAGUUUAAGCAUGGAAAGCAUGGGAUGUUUGGCAAGCGUGGAAAGCAUGGCUUUUUCGGUGGAAAGAUGAAGAGGUGGAAGUAAUGAUAUUGUACUAGCUAGUUCGUGCUCGAUCACUAUCCACUCUUUAUACUACUAGCUCAAGUAUCUGCAUCUUGUUUUUUCAAUAUAUCAGUACUACUGUGAUCUGGAGAUUUUAACGACUCGUGCUUGUGCAUUACGGCGAUCAGUUACAUUAAUAUCUUAACAGGAGCAGUCUUUCUGUAAAUAUGCAUUUGGAUGAUUUAUGCAUUUGGAUGAUUUUAGUUUGGAGUUAUAUAUAUUCCGAUCUCUUGGGUUUAUUCGCUAUUUGUCUUUGUUACUCUCUCCUUAUUUUUGUUACAUUAUGACACCUAUUUGUUCUGUUGUAUUCCGUGCACUUACUCAACUUUGAUUUUCAAAGUCUAUGACACUGGAUUAUCAUAAA